AUGCGGGAAAAAUUAGCUAUCAUUACAUACUUUGAACAAAACCCUAUGGCCAGUAAACAUAGUACUGCUCAAAAAUUUGAUAUAAUACCAAAGCAUGCUUCGCCUGCUAUUAAAUGGUUAACCAUUGGUGCUUGUCCUAAAUAUCUACUUUUAGAA